AUGAAGAGCAGAUUUCCUCAUUAUGGGUGCGGUAGCCGCUGGGUGACAUGUCUUACCGCCGUCGCCCUCUUGCAAGGCGUCGCCCAGGGCGCAGUCCAGCGAGAUGUCUUCAUCCAGCAGCAGUAUCUCAUCGACUACCUGGGACGGCCGUACAACCUACCCGCCGACACUUUCACCCAGGCAUUCAAGUCGUCCGCCCUCGCCACCGCCAACUCCUCUUCAUACCCCAUCCCCGGGUACAACGUCUUUGCGCGGGCCGGCAACAAGGACAAUCAUACGGGGCUAAGUGCGGAUGAUGCCUUGGCCACUGACGGAUUCCAACUCGUCGUUCAGGUUGCGGCCGACGUGUCGCUGCAGGGUGCCAACCCGGCAGACCCCUCGUCCUUUUGGGCUGCCGGCGUCGACACGGCCGCCAAGGUGUUUGACGCGGCGCUCAUUUCACUGUCGGCCCCUGCCAGCGUUGGCAGCGGCAACAGUUUGAACGCCUCCAUAAGUAAUGUUGCCAGCCUCGGCAGCGGUAACGGCGACAGUGGCUGGACGGUGUGCGCCGCCGUGUGGCUGCUGGGGCUGUCGGACGCGGCGCUGGCGAACACCACGUCGUCCUCGGCGCCGCCCGUGUUGGACGGGUCGUGCCGUGGCUUGCUCCCGCCAGAUUGUGUCGCUGACAUGGCGGCCGGGUUUGAUGCCGCUGAUGGCAACUGCCAGAACCAGACAGUGCCGCAGAGCUGCCGCGGGUUCUUGGCCGGUGGGCUGGACGGGGGCGCUGCAUUCAACGUGCCGCAGACUCUUCCCAGCUCGCUCUUCACAGCCGGGAACGGAACAAACACCAGCAACCCAUUUUUCAUCGCCUCGACGCCCCCGCUAGACAGAGGCAACGAGACUGCCCUAGACGCCGUCCGUAACUGGGUCUUCCCUGUCGUCCUGUCAUGGACGCACAGCGACCAACAGGGCGUCGACAACGGCACGGCACCCGCCACGCACUCACACGUCGCAUGCGUCAGCGCUAGUAAACUGCUCUCGUCCUCUUCGUCAUCUGCGGCGACAGGCGCAGAGAAUGGAGGAGGGGCUGUCGCUGGGCUUGGAGACAUUACCAGCACCGGCUCCUUGUCGAGGCCCGCGCAGAAUGGCUGGGCAAUGUUGUCGGCUAUCGUUAUUGUUGUGCUGCUUGGCCAAUUAUUUGCUCAUUGA